AGUUUCAGUGCUGGCAUGCAAGCAGAUUUGGUGAAAAGUAGGGUUAGGGAGUGGUAGCUGGUGAAAAACACUAAAACAUUUAUUAUUCCUGUUUGCACAAUGCCAGUGUACGAGUUGUUUAUGAUCCUGCGACAGAUGUCGAGACCGGACGUCGUGUCGUGUGUGAAGAGAGCCUCUGAGAUGAUCUUGGACAGGGGCGGUGUGAUCCGGUCGAUAAAUAACAUGGGCACGAUGGAUCUGCCUUACAAGAUGAGUUCUCAAGGCCUCGUGCAUCGCAUAGGAACGCAUUUCUUAGUGGAAUUCAGCUUGCCGCCAAGUCAGAUUGAGGACAUCAAUGAGGAGUUCAGCAGAGACGUGGACAUCAUCCGGAGAGUUAUCGUCAAAACAGAGAAUGAGCUUCAGACACCAAAAGUAAAAGCCUGCACUCUCCACGAGGAACUCCUUCCGCCCGCUUAUCGCAAGGAAGUCCAGGAGAUGAUCGCCAUCGGCAAGAGGAAGCAAAAGCCCAAGUUUAAGUACAACUCCGGCCUGGAUUACUAUCCGUUCGCCAAAUAGAGUGUCAGUAAAUUGUU